AUGCUGAUCCAACAGUUCCAGCGGCCGACUCGGCUUCUGGCCGUCUUUGCAGCAGUCUCUCUCGUCUAUCUCUGCCUGAGCUACCUGCAGCGCAUCGAUUUCACUGCCUGCAGCAUCGUCCCUCCCAACACGGUCAACGGCAAGUUUGGCACCACAGAGCAGAUUCUGGCACAGCCAGCGACGCUGUCGAACCGGCCGACAGCCCGUGUGGCCAAGGUCGGCGUGGCCGUGAACGCCCUCGACAUCCCGGUCGUAUACCGCGCGUUCAAAUCCCACAAGGUCCAGAAUGACAUGCACGGCUAUCCGCAUUUCAUUGCCGACAACGAGGUGGUUAGCAGCCUAACCGACAACGAUGUCUUCCGUCGUGGCUCAGGCACCUACACGAAGCCGGCCUACAUGCUGGCCAUUAUGAUCGCGGAACUGCUUAAGCCAGAGUCUGAGCGCCUGGAAUGGCUUUUCUGGUUCGACGGUGACACAGCCAUCCUAAACCCCUCCACGCCGCUCGAGGUCUUCCUCCCGCCCAACUCCAGCGCCAUCCUGAAUGACGUUCACAUUGUCAUUGCGUCUAACUGGGAUGGCCUCAACUCCGGUGCCUUCGCCCUCCGUGUGCACAAAUGGACGGCCUCUUUCCUCUCUGCCGUCUUGGCCUACCCCAUCUACGAGCGGGAUCGCACAAAGCACGACCGCUUCCGGGACCAGAGCGCCUUCCAGUUUCUGUUGAAGCAUACCGACUCGCCGCUAGUUCACGAGCGGUUCCAGUCCCGGAACCACUGGGCUGAAGUCCCGAUGCGGUGGUUCAACUCAUUGCCGGUCAACAAUGCCUUUUACGCAGACGGCCGGUGGCUGUUUAGCAAGAAUAUGACAGAGGCGACGUUUGACAACGGCACAACACAGGUGUACGACGAUGGCCGAGACGGCAAGGUGCAGUCGUGGAAGGUGAUGCGAGGUGAUAUGAUGGUGCACUUUGCGGGUACAAAGAACGUGCGCGACAGUUGGAUGUCGCCAUGGCUCGAUCGGGCUGAGCAGAUGCUGCCCGAGUGGAACAACGCGACGUACUCGGAGGAGCUGGCCAACACCACAGCCGCUUGGUGGAAAGACUAUGAGACGAAAGCGAAAGCUUUGUACGAGGCACCAGCACCGCCGCCAGCCAAGGAGAAGCCCAAGGAGGAGAAGCCAAAAGAAGAGAAGCCAAAGGAAGAGAAGUUCAAAGAAGCGAAGUCAGAAGAGGCGAAACAGGAGAAGUCGAACGAGAAAGACACAGAGAAGUCCAAGGACAGCAAACAGUCCGAGGACAAAGACAAGGACAAGUCGGAGAAGCCGCUGGAAAAGCAAGCAUCGGAGGGGAGCACGAAGACAGCAGAGGCCGAGAAGGCGUCCGAGUCGGUGGCAGCGACACCAGAAAAAACAAGCAGCGGCCAGCAAUAG